GACAACAAACGAUAUUAGCAUAAACAGCAUAAUGAUUAUCAAUUGUUGACAGAUUGGAUGAUUAUUUUAUCAUAAAAAAAAACAUCUAUUAUUGGCUAUAAAACAAUCGACUAGGUGUUCAGUUUGAUUUGGUUUUUAUUUUAACAUAAGGGAAAGACAAAGGAUAGAUUAUGUAAGUAUAUGUUGACCUUUAUCUUUCCAGGGUGUAAAAUGGCAACUUGUGCCGUUGAAAGUCGUGGAGAAGAAAAUGUAGUUCAACAACUGAAUGAACUGUUUGGCAAUGUAUUAAAUAUCGAUAUAAUAAAAACAGUAGCUGUAUCAUGUCAUUACGAUGUAACGGAAUCAUCAAAUAAAUUAUUGGAAAUUUCAAGUUUAUCUGAUAGAAGUUCAGUUAUAAAAACAGGAAGAAAACCUAUGGCAGGAAUUAAUGGAAAUAAAUCUAAACAUCCACAAGUACCUUCUAACAAUUCAUUAAAUGCUCCGACACAAAAAAAAUCAAAAAAGAUGUUAGAUUUUGAGAGGACGGUGAAACAUAUUGAGAAAGGAUACAAAGUAUUGGUUAUAGUACGUGGAGUUCCUGGAUGUGGAAAAUCUUAUUUAGCUAAACGCAUUCUUGAAUCUACCAUUGGUUUAGACAACAAUUAUUAUUUGCAUAUAUUAAGUGCUGACGAUUUCUUUUUUCAAAGUGGUGUUUACAGAUACGAUUCAAGUAAAAUUUCAGAAGCGCAUGGCUGGAAUCAUAAUAGAGCUUUUCAAGCACUAAGUAGAGGUUUUAGUCCUGUCAUUAUCGACAACACUAAUACACAAAUGUGGGAAAUGAAACCAUAUGCCAUGAUGGCAACAGAUUAUGGUUAUAUCAUUGAGAUUUUAGAACCAGAUACUCAUUGGUGUUCGAAUGACAAAGAAUUGGCAAAGCGCAACACACAUGGUGUACCAAAAUCUAAAAUAAGAGACAUGUUGGAUCGUUAUGAGAAAAACAUUACUUCACAAAAACUUUUAAGUGCUUACAACUUAAAUUACAGAUUGCAGAAACCUCCACAAAUCAGAUUAUAUCCUCCAUUUCUCACGAACAAUUCUGUUUCUGAUUAUUGUUUAUAUAACAAUGAAAUUGUAAAUUCUUGCAACACUAAUGCAAGCAACAUUAUGAAAUCACGAAGUGUCGCCGCUCUUAACCCUCAAUCUGCUGAAUUUAAAGUACAUUCUAAAGAAACAAUUAAUUUAAUGGAUUUUAAUGAUGAUGGAUAUACAAAUGUAAAAUCACAAUCUGUAACAAAAAUAAAUAAUAAUGAAAUAAGUGUAAACUAUUCAGAACAAAAUCUCCUUGAUAAAAUUUUAAUGUGCAGUAAUGAUAUCCAAGAAAAUGUUUUGCAGCCAUCACAGGGAACGAUUCUUGAAACUAUUACUAUUGACAGCAGUGAUGAUGAAAAUCAAAAACCUGCAAACAAAUUAUUCCUUGAUUUAGAAACUGCUUGGGGUAUUAAUGAAAAUGCUUUAAGAUCUUGGGACAUUGUAACACCUUUAAAAGAUGAAGGUGGUACAAAAUUACCACACCAAUCUACAGUAGUACAUAAAGAGAGGAAAGAGACAAGUGAUUUCAGCUGUAACACGGAAGAAGAAUACUUCCAAUUAUUGAGAAGUAAACAACUUAAAACUGACAGUAAAGACUAUAUACUUUUGGAAACUGUAAAUAGAGACAUUAAUCAUUCAACCCCAACUAGAACUUCCGCUGUUUUAAAAGUGCCUAUGCUUGAUAAAAGCUGUUUAACGGAAGACAUUUUUGAAGACUAUGACAAUCACAUGUCUCAAUUGGUAAGCUUAUUCCCAACAGUGUCACAAGAUCAUUUGAAGUAUUGGUACACUAAAUGUAAAGGUGAUUUGGAAUGGACAAUAGAAUUUAUUUUGGAGAAUCAAGGGGAAGUUACUGUUUUAAUUGAAGAAAGUGAUGACAUGGUCACACAAAUGGAUGAGGUGACAUAUGAUACUGAUAGUGAUGGAUCAAAUUCUAAACAAAAAGAAGUUUCAUGUAAUAAAGAAAAAAAAAUUAAAUGGAACCACAAGGAAUCAGUGGAAAAUAUCGACCUUAAAAAAGAAAUUGAAAGUAAAAUUGAUAUAAAUGAAGAACACUACUCAAAACAUUUACUUAGAAUUAAACAAUACAGGUUUGGUAACCUUAAUGAUAAUUUAACAUCUUCACCUAGCAAAUCUGUAGAUGAAUCAAAAGCUUCUACUUCUAGACAUAAUUGUGUAAUAGAUGAAUCAGUUGUUAUUAUUGAUUCUGAUACAGAAUUUGAUGAAUUCGAUGUUGAUGAAUGUUCCGAUAAGUCAGAACAACCAGAAGAAAUGGUAGAAUUAAAUCUUGGAGAUAAUUUUGUAUCCCAAUUAGAAACAAAAUUUGGGGAUCCCAAUACGACAUACCCAAAAGGAUUUCAACCUGUAGUGCAAGUACCUGUGACUUUAGCACGCCAACUUUAUACUUUUUACAUUGAAUCGAUUUGCCAGCAGAUGGAAAAUCAAAAACAGAUUUUAGAGUCUCUUAUUAAAGAAGAUGAAGAAUUUGCUAGAAAAUUGCAGGCUAAAGAAGAAGAGAAAGUCAUAGAAGUCAAACCUGCUCCAAACUUUAAAGAAAUUAUUGAUGAACAGGUAGCACAAAAUGUUUAUCAGAGGGAAGUAGACAAGUGGAAGGAAUUAAAUCCUGAUAAUUUAGCUGCGAGAUUAACAAGGCAAAAAUUGUGUAAUGUUUUUCCUACUAUCGAUAAAGAUACAUUAAUAGAAAUCUUAUAUGCCCACGAAAAUAAGUACCAGGAUACAGUAGAAACAUUACUAGCUUCAACUGGGACUGAAAAUAUUAGAGGAAAUAUUGAUAUGAUAAAAGAGCCACCACUGAGAGAUGAAAUUAUACAGGAAAUGAAAGAAGCACAAAAGUCAAGUGCUAGUGAG